AUUCCAUAUCUCUCUGUGCUUGAAUCAGAGUGUGGACGCGAACCUUGACUUCAAAACCCUCCUUUCGCUUUUUUAUAUAGACUUUUGGUCUUUACGUUUCUUGUUUAAGGCCCCCUCUUUCUCUCUUCUCUCUCUCUAGUUAUCUGAAGCCAAUUGGAGUCACACUGUCGUAAUCGGAGUUUCUCUCGCUGAUGAAACUUUGGGUUAUUGUCGGAGUAUCUCUUCCAUAUGGCUGACAUCAGACGUAACAUUGCUGUUCAACCAAUUCUAGACCUUGAACAGAUACAGCAAGAAGCACAACACCGCUGGCUCCGACCGUCUGAAAUUUGUGAAAUUCUUCGCAACAACCAAAAGUUUUGCUUGAGACCAGACCCACCUGUUAGGCCACCAGCUGGCUCUUUGUUCCUGUUUGAUCGUAAAGUACUACGAUAUUUCCGUAAAGAUGGUCAUCGUUGGAGGAAGAAAAAGGAUGGGAAAACUGUCAAAGAAGCUCACGAGAAGUUGAAGGUUGGCAGUGUUGAUGUUCUCCAUUGCUACUAUGCCCAUGGAGAGGAUAAUGAGAACUUUCAGCGACGAAGUUAUUGGAUGCUGGAGGAGAAGUUAGAGAACAUUGUUCUCGUCCAUUACAGAGAAGUGAAAGAGGGGUACAAAUUAAAUGUCUCGCGUUUGCUAAAUGCAGAUCCAGGAUCACUGCUCGGAAGUUCUCAAACUAGUUCAGCACAUUGCUUGGUGCAAACAUAUUCUCCUACUCCUACAGGUCAAACAUCUUAUGCAUCAAGUCCAAAUGCAGUUGAAUGGAAUGAACAAUCAUUGAUUUCGGAAUUUGAGGAUGGAGAUCCUGGAGAAGAUCCAGGGACCUCUUCUCGUGUUCGACCAAUGCUUGGUUCUGUAUCACAUAAUAUUACUUUGCAUGCAGAAAAAGCUACAGGAUUUCUUAAUCAUGGCACUAGUUCAUCUGCAUGGGAUGAUAUUCAUGGCUUGAGCAGACAUGUAAAUAAUAUGUGUGACCAAAAAUUUUGCUUUGAGCAACCGAGUGCAGCUGAUUUUUUAACUCAUAAGCUAGUAGAUGCCAGAUUGGAUGCUGAUAGCAAAGUGCAGGAUGCGAGCUGUGGAGAUACGUUCUUUCCUGAUUCUCGGAGAGUUGUUCAGGAGAAUUAUUUCCAUCUAGUUCAGCCCCAGUUUGUGAGUUGUUCUGGUUCCCAGGGAUUAGUCACAUCCACUGCCAAAGUUGAAAACAAUGUUCAAGUAGUUGGAGCAAAUAAUGAUGAACCUGGGGAGCUGAAGAAACUUGACAGCUUUGGGAGAUGGAUGGAUAAAGAAAUUGGUGGAGAUUGUGAUGAUUCCUUGAUGGCCUCUGAUUCUGGCAAUUAUUGGAGCACACUUGAUACUGAGAAUGACAACAAAGAAGUAUCUAGUUUGUCACAUCAUAUGCAGUUGGACAUUGUUUCUCUGGGCCCUUUUCUUUCCCAAGAGCAACUAUUUAGCAUCUGUGAUUUUGCACCGGACUGGGCUUAUUCAGGUGUUGAAACAAAGGUUAUGAUCACAGGUACUUUUCUGGGAGACAAGAAGCAUUCUACUGGUUUAAAAUGGUGUUGCAUGUUUGGUGAGAUUGAAGCUUCUGCUGAAGUUCUGACAGACAAUGUCAUUCGAUGCCAAGUUCCUUUCCAUUCUCCUGGGCGUGUGCCCUUCUAUGUAACGUGCAGUAACAGGCUAGCCUGCAGUGAGGUGCGGGACUUUGAAUUUCGAGAAAAACCAUCAGGAGUUUCACUUCGUACCCAUGUUAAAAGAACAACAGAAGAUGAAGUGCAUUUUCUUAUACAACUGGCUAAAAUGCUAGAUUUAGGCCUAGAGACCAAUUGGUUGAAUUGUUCAACUGUUGAGUGUGACAAAUGUAAGCUGAAGAAUGAUAUAUGUUCAGUUAAAAGUGACAGUAAAUUUGAUUGGGAAAGAAUUAAGGAGGCGCUUAUGGCAUCUGGUGGGAAUAAUGUGGACUCCAUAGAUCUGUUGAUUGAGAAUUUUAUGAAGGACAAACUUUGUGUGUGGCUAUUCUGUAAAGUACAUGGAGGAGGUAAAGGACCACAUAUUUUGGAUACUGAAGGUCAUGGUGUUAUUCACUUGGCAGCUGCUCUUGGUUAUGAUUGGGCAAUGGGUCUCAUAGUUGCUGCUGGUGUUGGUCCUAAUUUCAGAGAUGCACGGGGAAGGACGGCGCUUCACUGGGCAUCAUAUUAUGGGAGAGAGGAAACAGUAAUUGCACUAGUUAGAUUGGGUGCAGCUCCAGGUUCCGUUGAUGACCCUACACCAGCAUUUCCUGGAGGACAAACUGCUGCCGAUCUAGCAUCAAGUAGAGGCCAUAAAGGACUUGCUGGAUAUUUGGCAGAAGCAGAUCUAACUAGUCAUCUUUCUAACUUGACUGUCAAUGAGAAUGGUGUGGACAGUUCUGCUGCCACUAUUUUGGCAGAGAAGGCCCUUGAAGCUGCAAAGCAAAAUGUUGUCCAAUCAGAGAAGACAACAAAUGAGGAACUUUCUUUGAGAGGGUCUCUUGCUGCUGUUAGAAAAUCAGCACAUGCAGCUGCCCUCAUCCAAGCUUCUUUUAGGGCUCGUUCAUUCCAUCAGAGGCAGUUAACAAAGAGCAGCAAUGACAUUUCUGAAGUUUCACUUAAUCUAGUUGCUCUUGGUUCUUAUAAGGCACAAAAGAUUAGGAACUUUGAUGAUUAUUUGCACUCUGCAGCUAUAAAGAUCCAGCAGAAAUACCGUGGCUGGAAGGGUAGAAAAGAUUUUUUGAAGAUACGCAACCGUAUUGUGAAAAUCCAGGCUCAUGUGAGGGGGCAUCAAGUUCGUAUGCAAUAUAAAAAGGUUGUUUGGUCUGUUAGUAUUGUUGAGAAGGCCAUACUGCGUUGGAGGCGAAGAAGACCUGGUUUGCGAGGAUUUCUGACACAGAAAACAAUUCAAAAUGUAGUACCCGGGACUGAAAAGAAUGAUGAGUAUGAAUUUUUACGAAUAGGCCGGAAACAGAAAUCUGCAGGUGUUGAUAAGGCUUUGGCAAGAGUGCAAUCCAUGGUUCGUCACCCAGAGGCACGUGAUCAGUAUAUGAGGCUGGUUAAAAAAUUUGAGAAUUUUAAGUUAGGCAAUGAAGGAAGCAGUGUGUCGCAGCAAGUCAAAGGUUCUGAAUAGCAAAUUAAAGAGGAAAUAUACCCACGUUAUAGUAUGGAUGGACGAUUCAACAUAUGGCUGUAUGGCGUUCUUGAAAGAAAAUCAAAGAGGAAUAUUUAAAUAGAGCAUAGUAUAGAUUGAUGACUCAACAUAUGGUAGUAUGGCUCAUCAGGUGUACUGGUGAUACUUGUAAGUAUUGGCUAACACGUCUUAUUUCUGAGGAUAUUCAUCAUCAAAAAAGCAAGAGUGGUGGGGAUGUACAUGUUUCUGUUUUUCCUUGUAAACUGGAGUCUAGUGCUGUUGAUAAUGGGAUGAAGUUCUCUGGUUGAGUACUGGGAACUAAUGCUGUGUAGCUUUUUUGCAAUAACAAAUUGUGAUAUUAACUGUUCA